UGUGAGAGCACGGGGCGAGAUCCUCACUUCCUGGUUAAAGAUGGCGGAUGAGAAUGAGACAGCACCGAAGCGGGAGAAUGAAACUGAGGUAGAAGAGGAUCAUGGACAUUGCAGCAAUUGUGAAAACGAAGAGCAUCACUCUGAUGAUGGGGAAAAGGGUGACGCAGGUGCCAAGAAGAAGAAAAAGAAGCAGAAGAAAAAGAACAAGGACAAAGGCAAAGAAGCAGAACAGGAUCCUCUGGCCAAAGUAAACUCCCUCCCUGCUGAAAAGUUACAGGAGAUUCAGAAGGCCAUAGAGCUGUUUUCAGUGGGUCAGGGUCCGGCUAAAACCAUGGAAGAGGCCACGCAUCGCAGUUAUCAGUUCUGGGACACUCAGCCAGUUCCUAAACUUGGAGAGACAGUGACAUCACACGGCUGUAUAGAACCAGAUAAGGAUAACAUACGAGAAGAGCCAUACAGCCUUCCACAGGGCUUCGUCUGGGACGCUCUUGACCUGGGAAACCCCGCGGUGUUGAAGGAGUUGUACACUCUCCUCAAUGAGAACUAUGUGGAGGACGACGACAACAUGUUUCGUUUUGAUUACUCCCCAGAGUUUCUGCUUUGGGCUCUGCGUCCUCCCGGCUGGCUGCCUCAGUGGCAUUGCGGAGUGAGAGUCAACUCCAACCACAAGCUAGUUGGUUUCAUCAGCGCCAUUCCCGCCAACAUUCGCAUCUAUGACAUAGAGAAAAAAAUGGUGGAGAUUAACUUUCUGUGUGUGCAUAAGAAACUACGCUCAAAACGAGUGGCACCAGUACUUAUCAGGGAGAUCACCAGACGGGUCAACUUGGAGGGCAUCUUUCAAGCUGUGUAUACUGCAGGAGUGGUACUGCCCAAACCAGUGGGCACCUGCAGAUACUGGCACCGAUCACUAAACCCACGAAAGCUGAUUGAGGUGAAGUUUUCUCACCUGAGUCGAAACAUGACUAUGCAACGCACCAUGAAGCUGUACCGUCUACCAGAGGCUCCUAAGACUUCAGGCCUGAGGCCGAUGACCGUGAAGGACGUGCCUGCGGUCCAUCGGCUGUUAAAGGAGUACCUGAGUCAGUUUAACCUGGUGCCUGCCAUGAGCCCAGAGGAAGUACAACACUGGCUGCUGCCUCAGGAGAACAUCAUUGACACCUUUGUAGUGGAGAGUACAGAGGGGAAGGUGACUGACCUCCUGAGUUUCUACACACUGCCAUCCACCAUCAUGAAUCAUCCUGUACACCGCAGUCUGAAAGCAGCCUACUCCUUCUAUAACGUUCACACCACCACACCCCUGCUGGACCUGAUGGGAGAUGCUCUCAUCCUCGCCAAGUCGAAAGGAUUUGAUGUCUUUAAUGCACUGGACCUAAUGGAGAAUAAGACAUUUUUGGAGAAGCUCAAGUUUGGCAUUGGAGAUGGAAAUCUGCAGUAUUACCUCUACAAUUGGAAAUGUCCCAGCAUGGGCUCAGAAAAGGUGGGAUUGGUACUACAGUGACCAGUUUUACCAUCCGUAACCUCUGUCUCGCAUGACAGUGAGUCCAAGUUAUGACAUCACGCACUGACCACCUGACAGAUGCUACCAACGGACUUCCUGCUUUAGGAAGGAGAAUUUACCGCCCAUUUGAACGUUGACUUUUUUGGACCUGCACUACUGCUUCCAGGCUGAGAGAGGAUUUGUUUUCUUCCCUUUCCUCCUAUCUCUCUCUUUUCAUCUCUUUCUUAAUCUCUCUCUGCGCAUGGACCCAAAACCGCUGUCAGAGGCGAGGAACUUUAAUAUCUUGUGAUUGUUAUUAAUGACUCGCACACAGACACGCCUGAACGUAACUAUCAGAUACGCUCACCAAACCCUGGCGCUUAAGCAUCACAAUAUUUGCCUUCUUAGUCCAACACAUUCAGUAUAACACACUCCCUGUCCUGUGGGAGGAAAAAAUGGAAUGAAAACUUUCAUUCGCCAAGAUUAUAACAAAUCUAUCGAAGACGUGUUAAAAAAAAGUCAAGUGAGAUGAUAAUAAAAUCCAAUGUAGACAUGACAAGGGCUGCUGUCACGUUCUGUUUUUUUCUCUCCAUGCAUUCUUAGGCUGUUUGUUGCCAUGGAAACAGCAUCUUUCUUUUUUUUGACCAAUGGGUGCGGUACAUAGUGAGAGAUCUUUUUCUUGUGGUUUUGCUUUGUCAUUGCUUUUAAUCUGUCUCUUGAUUAGUUCAUUGCUUAUUUAACUCUUAACUGCCUGUGAUCCCCUUUCACAGUAUUGCCAACGGAUAAGCACCCAUGUAAAUAACCUAAAAAACAAGAAAAAUAUAUAAAACUACAGACUGACAGUGAUUAAAUCGACAUUUUACACCUGGCAGGUUAGGGGGUCGAAAAUGAGCAAUAAUGAUGUUUUCAGGAAACGAUUGUGAUCUGGGUUGAGUUAAGGGUGGGAGGGAGGGUAAAUAAAAAAUGCUACGAAAUGUGUUAAGAAUGAAAUGUGAUGUUGUGUCAAUAGAGGAUAGAUUAUGCCAACUCAAAGUUUUUCUGCUGUAAAAUGAUUGGAGGAAGUCCUGAUUGUAUUUACAGUUAUUUAUAAGAUGCCUGCAGCAUACAGGAGAACAUACAGUAUCAAGGCAGUAAAGAUGAUGAGUAAAUGGCAGUAUCUACUCCGAAGUCGUGGUUUGCAUAGUAUAGGGUAAAAGAAGAGUGAUUUGAGGCAAGGGGCUGUGUAAAAUGAAAGCAACCGACAACGGGUCUUUCAGUUUUUAUGAUGGUGUGAAAGAUGUCCAUGUGUAUUUUUGUGCUAAAUAAAAAGUAGCAGCUGCUGUGA